UAUUGACUUCUCCUGUUCAUCGAAACAGAAGACAUUGUUUGGAAUCCCAACAUGCCGGCAUCAAAGAUCCGGCCUGCUUCCCCUUCCAGCAUUAGUUUUAAGCUACACCUAAUCAUCCAUGAGAUUGGAGGUCUGCCCUUUGACAAGUUAGAGGACCGUGGCAAGAACAGCUUGGUGGUGCAGAUAGGAUGGAGAGGGAGUGGAAGAAAAUCUAGUUUCUUACCCACGGCAUUCAGAAAGAAUUGCACAUCCAAGCAGCCAAUCCAUCCCAAUGGUGUUGUAAGCUGGGAUGAAGGAUUCGACCAAACCUGCAAGCUUAAGAGGAAGAACUCUCAGAGAUUUACAAGUUGGAUCAUCGACCUGGAAAUUCAAGAAUAUGAUCAGGAUUUAAAAGUGAAAGUUGUUGCGAAGGCUGAGAUAGAUAUUGCUGAAUUUGCCCCAUCAUAUAGGGAGAAAAGAAUUGGAAUUCCAAUGAUCUGCAACAUCAAAGGCCACACUGCUCAGGCCCUGCUGAAGGUUGAAUUCCAUUUUGUUGAGCUCCAAACAAAGGGCAGCAUUGCAUUCAUGCUGCCACGAGCUUUUAGUCUACGCUCUUUUUCAUGCACUGGAUUUCGGCAAAACUACAAUAACAGGAUUCAAAAUCCAACGAGCGGUCUAUCAAAAUAUUUGUCUGAAGCAGAAACCUCAUCAGAUGAUGAACCUGAAUUAAAUUAUCGGAAGCUAUCGGUUACUAAUAUUCUCCUUGUUGACCAAUUCAAUGGCAAAAUUGAAGAUCAUAAGGAUGAGAAAGAUCUGUAUCUCCGGGAAUCACCUGCCAGGAUCAAACAGCAACCUUCUGUUGUCAGGAUCCUCUCAUGGAACAAGACGAAGGCUAGUUCGAGGGCAGUAAACUAUCACAGAGGUACACCACUCCUGAACAAGGCAUGCAGUGAAGAUGGUGGUGAUGAUAUCGACAAAGAACGGCGCCAAUCGAUCGGCCAAUUCUUGGCACUUUCACGAGAAACUGAAGUGCACCCUGAGGGGAAACCACGGACUUUUGGAUUUGAGGAUGAUGGUCGCUUUGAAGUUGGAAAUUGGCAAAAGAAGAGAGUGGUAAGCAGAGAUGGGCAGAUGGAGCUUGUAACGGAUAUAUUUCUUGCAUCCAUUGAUCAGCGAAGCGAGAAAGCUGCAGGUGGAAGUGCCUGUACGGUGAUUGCAGUUGUCAUUGCUGACUGGCUACACAACAAUCCAAAGACUCUGCCAUUGCGAUGCCAAUUUGAUCAGUUGGUACGUGAAGGAUCCUUGGAAUGGAGAAAACUCUGUGCAGAUGAGAACCACAAUGGAAAAUUUUUUGACCAUCACUUCGACCUUGACACUGUAUUAGAAGCAAAAAUACGACCACUGUCAGAAGUCAAGAAGAUGUCUUAUGUAGGAUUUUUUAGCCUGGAUGACAUGCCUGACAGUCUAAAAUUCCUGCAAGGGGCUAUGUCCUUUGACAUACUAUGGAAGGAGCUCAUUUGUGGUGAUGAAUCUGAAGAGAGAGUAUACAUUGCCAGUUGGAAUGACCAUUUCUUUGUUCUCAAAAUAGAAAAAAAUGUCAUUUAUUUGAUCGACACCUUCGGCGAAAGGCUGUUUGAAGGCUGCAAUCAAGCAUAUAUUUUGAAAUUCAGCAAAGAGAGCAUGGUUUAUCGACGGCAUACAGAUUCAGGCAGCCAAACUAUAGACUCUGGUGAAUGCACUAAAAACGUUCCACAUGGUGAAGGAAUGGAUGAGGAUAGUGAUUCAUCUAAAGAGGUUGUCUGCGAAGGAACGGAAUCCUGUAAACGAUACAUCAAGGAAUUUCUUGCAGCUCUUCCACUAAGGGAACUUCAAAAUGAAAUUAAGAGGGGAGUGGCGGAAGAAGCCAUUUUGCAUCGGCACCUGCAAAUAGAGUUCCACUACACAGCUCCUUGUUAUAUGGGAAAUUAGAACAUCCAAAUCAGAUAUAUAUAAUGGAUUUGUGCACAUAUCACACUUCAUCUUAAUAUCCUAACUUCUGAAGUCUGAGCUUCAGAAAUUUGGUUAUGUUUUGACGGGAAAACGAUACACUGAUUAUGUAAUUGCAUUGCAUGCAUGCGAUGUUAACUUUUCUUGUCAAAUUCCAACAAAAUAAAUAACAUUCUGUAAUGUUAAAGGGAUAUUAAUAAGAAAGAGAAUAUGGGA